AAUUGUCAAGAUAAAUUGGAAAAAUAUAAAUGAAUACAAAAUGAAGAUAAACAUACUUAAAAUGAAAAAUUGUCAAGAUUAUGAAGUGAAGGGAUGCGUUUAAGUUUGAAAAAUGGCGUUAAGCCGUUAACCUAUAGCUUCAAUCUAGACACUUCAUUUUGUCUUGAGGAUGAUUUGAAUAAUGUAGUAGUAAUAUGCAGUCGAGUAAAACAUAGACUUUUGGGUUUGUGAGUGUUAAGAGAAAAAGGUAAUUAGUCAUCACUGCACAUUUUUACCACGUAGCAGUCAUAUAUUGACCGUCCGACACGUGUUAUCCACGUGCCUGCGUUGUAGAACCGUCACCACCACCAAAUUAAAAGCCAAAAACUUCAUUAAUUUACAGCAGAAACGACAAAAUGGCACCGAAAAGGCGGCCGGGGAGGGCGGUGGUGACAACCAAGAAAGUGGUGGAGGAAACCGUGGAAUUGGUAGUCACGGGAAGGGAAUCAUCAGAAGGCGAUGAGAGGAGAGUAAAAUUGGUCUCCUCUUCCAAAACAGCCAACGAGAAUGUGGAGGUCGUCACGUCCGCCACCGCUCCUCCGUCGCCUCAAGACGAGGACGAAACGCAGCCAUACGAGCCGAAAAAGGCUCCCACUCCCCCAGAAACACCGCAGGCGGAGAGGACAGUAAGGCCUAAAAGGAAGGCGGAAGAAGGAACGAAGAAAGUGGAGAAGAAGAAGAAGAAGAAGAAGAAGAAGAGAGGCGGCGGGGGUGGAGGAGAAGGGUACAAGACGUACCUAUUCAAGGUGAUGAAGCAGGUGCACCCGGAGUUGGGGAUAUCGGGGAAGGCGAUGGUGAUUCUCAACAACUUGAUGGUGGACAUGUUCGAGAGGCUGGCGGAGGAGGCGGCGAGGCUGCAGAAGUACACGGGGAGGCGGACGAUGUCGUCGAGGGAGAUUCAGGGGGCUGUGAAGCUGGUGCUGCCGGGGGAGUUGGGGAAGCAUGCCAUUGCUGAGAGCACCAAGGCUGUCACUAACUACAUUUCUUAUGUCACUGCUCAUUAGCUCAUUUCAUUUUAAUUAUGUACUGUAGGUCUGUUAUCUUUGUUUAGUUAGUUAACACGAUGUUUGAGCUUCAGGCUUUUAGGGCAUUAACUUGGUAGCUACAGCUAGUUCUUCUCUAUAUGUAGUGUUUAUUUCCUUGUGUA